AUGCGCUCAGAUUUCUCAAUGUUCCAUCAAGAAACAACAAUAGAGGAAGAAAACAAUGACCAUACAAUGACCGAGGAAGGUGUUGAUGAGGGGGAACUGGCAAACAGGAAUCGCUUUCCUCCGGGCACCUCAGUGUUCGAGACGCGCGCGGGGCUCCAAAAGUGGGUAGCCUCUGCCCCUCAUCAGGCCAAGGCGGAAAGGAAAAUCCUUUCCAUUCCUCCUGCUGUUUUCCACGUUGCCCGUGACUUUCGACGGUCAUAUUUUGCGGAAGCCAAGACGGACCGGAAGGCAAACUACCUGCCUUUUGCCCUCAUGAAAGAUGGCCGCAUUGUCAACAUCGUUCCCAAGCGCCGUCUGACUCCUUUGCGCGCAUACCGCCAGAUCGUGAACGCCUUUUGGUGCGUAUCAUCUCACCUCUGCGCAUCUUCCGGUCUCUCUUCUACCCAGGAUAUGUGCAACGGCGCGCGAGAUCUCAGCAAGACAUGGAUCGACACCGAGUCAGAGACAUGGCGUCCACGCGAUGCCGGCCCUAACCGCAACUUUCACCUCCAAAACUGCACCACCCGAGUCAUGAUGCUCAAGUCACCAGCACUUGGCACUUGUUCUUACGUUACUUCAAAUAUGCAUCCGCUGCCUACGUCAAGCACCACGGUCGUGGAUGACGAUAUUUGCUGCCCUCAUAUAUCACAUCUUGCAUCGCCACGAGACAACGACAACACUCGCAUCGCAUGCGAUGCAACGCUUCAUGGCCAUGCCCACGAUCGUCCCGGCCCAACUUCGGCAUCCGACUGUGUUGCCAGAGUCACCGGCCCAGGAACAUGUCCAGACGUUACAUUAGACGCAAGACCCUUGACAGGCUGGUCUCUUGUUGGCCGCUGGGCAUGGCAGUCAUUGACACCUCAUGUGCUCCCCCGCCUUUCUGGCUUUUGGCUCGACUACCACGUCCCCUUGAAAGAAAAAUCAUCCAUAGAAUCGCUAACUCUGGAACCUCGUGGAGCAGAGGAAUGCAGCCGAGGCGUCUCUCCUUGUAGGGCCGCCGUCUUCGCCGCCCUGUACGAUGACACGCCACGCUGCUACCACAACAACUUCAUGACUCUCGUCAACAUCUUCAAGCCAGCCGUUCACGCGCCCUCGGCUUUCCUCAUUUGGAAGUCUUCCGGCCAAGCAGUCGUGAGGGUGUUGCUGCCCGUCGUCCGCCACCAUCGAGCAUCGUGGUGGGGACCCGGAUGCUUAGCUUCAAGACGGAGCAUUAAGAUGCGCACUAUUGAUGGGCCUGUGGUCGGAGCCGCAGAUGUUGCUGCCCACGCGGCCUGGCCUAGACUUGUCUGCACGCAAAGCUCGCGAUAUUUCCUGCGGCUAGGAAAUACUGGAGGCGGAGCCCAAUGCCAAGAGGCCAUCGGCGGAAGAUGGCCGCGUCGAGAUUAUCAGAUGAGCUUGAUUCAUGCCAGGGGCAAGGCGAAGCGAACGACCAAUGACAAGCCGUUGAAAGGUAUGAUGGGAUGGAAUUCCGACCAUCUGGUUGAGCUGCAGACUUGUGCUCUAUCAGUUUUCUCUAAUUUUUGGAACUUUACUCUUGUCUUCGGUUCCAUCAUCUUGGAUCUUGUGUCCUUGAGAGCACUUUCCGUCACGAAGGAGUAUCGCUGCGGCUCCUUGGUAGUCUGGUCUCGUGCCCCCCUUCUGCCCAAAAGCUCGAUAUGCAGGUUGCCCAAACCGACCAACGGCGAGCCCCAGUUCGAUGUUCCGAUCAUCUCCAAUUGGCUCAUCUUCACUCCAACAUGCUCCAAUAUGCUGCCCACCCUGCGUUAUCAGAACCAAUGCCAGUCUUUGCUAGCGAAUGGCCCCCUCCUCUCCGAUGCACCGCCCCGCCGUGUCCGCCAGAUCCAGCACGUCGAAUCUGCGCUCACUUUACUUAAGUAUCGCCACGGCCCGGCUCCUUGUCCAAACCCGGAACAUUCAAUCCCGCCACCCCGCGCCGCCAUCAGCCUCAUCCCGAGAAGCUUGUCUGAAUCCAGCAACCCGGACCAAACCGCUUCUGGAGAAUCAUCUCAACCUCACAUCACAUACCUAACGGAAUGGCCCGAUAGCAUCCCCACGCUUCAACCUCAACUGCUCGUCACAAAACACCAAUACCUUUUUGAGCCGCAUGCGGGGAAUUUCCCCGCCUACUCUUUGACUCGGUCAAAGCACCCUUACACCCCAGGGCUCGCUGUUGCCUUUGGAUCUGUUAACCGCUUAACCGUCUUCAACACUUCUCACCCAGGAAAACCCUCCCACUCUGCCACGGUGGCGUUCUACCUAGACACCAAUAUACAACCCAACCUUGUUGACUCUUGUUAUUGCGUGUUACUCGGAAACACCAUUUGCUACUGCGAAUCCUACUCCGACCAGACGACGUCUUCCAUCCUGAAACUAGAUCCGGUCGACGACCCACCUAUUCCACCUCCUCCGAUCAUCGGCUUGUUGCCGUGUUCACCAUGGAGAUCACCUAUGGCACUUGGUGUCAUGGAGUGUCCACUCGACACCCCCUGCUAUUCUUCGGAAACGCUGAGCCCGACUCGAAGCCCCCUAAACCCCGGGAACGAAAAUGAAAGCGACAAAGCCAGCGACAGCGGGUUCAGCAACGGCGUCGCGACGCCCGCUGCCGCCGGUAUCGACAUUUCGCGACUACGUUUUGAAUGCCGUUGGCAGAACUGUGGCAAGGUCUUUCGCAGACCUAGUGAUUUGACGAAUGACAAGAGACUGGAGAAUCUUUCAUCAAACUUCACACAUGGUGAGAAAAUCUAUGAAACUGACAUCCAAUCUCUCAUCAGCAAACAUGAGAGGUACCACAUCAAGGAGUACCUCUGCGACGAAGCAAACUGCGACAAGGCCUUUGCGACCAUGAAGGACCUGAAGCGGCACAAGAAGACGCACGAGACGCUCGACGGCGACGGCGCGGGCGGGGGCUACAGGUGCCGCGUCCCCGGUUGCCGAAAGGCGAAGACGGGACACGUGUACAACCGCCGCGACAACUUUGUCCGUCACCUGCGGACCAAGCAUGUGGGCAUAGAAUUUGAUGCCAGGGAGGAGUUUGAUGUGACGUACUGA